CUCAUGUGUACUUCAUUUCAGGGUCGUCAGUGUCUCCUCAUCGUGAUGUCAACGACACAGUUAACGGUACAAAAAGAGGACAAACACUUGUUCACGCGCUACUGCAUGGGCAUCCCCAUCCCGCAUCCGUGGCAAGACACUGAUAAGCGAAUGCACAUAUACAUAUAGGGAGGAGAAAUGCCGGCCGACCCGCCACCCAGCCGCCCUGCGUCGAGUGAUACAUACAUGUAUUUUGCAUGUACGCUGCGGCAAAACAUACAAAUUCCUGGUGCGCUACACAUCUAUAGAAUGAUCCCAAAUAGAGCCAAGGAAAUAGAGAGCUCAAGCACAUCAUCGCAACAGCGCAACACAUAGAAAAAGAGACACCUUUUCGGACGCCUCCAUCCUUCUACUCUUCCCACGUGCACACAUGCCCAGGGCCAUCUGUCUGGUGCUUGCUUUGGGCACCAGACACACAGGUAGGCAAGCGCUAUCCACCCAACCACCGACCAGUGUAUACGCUCAUCAGAUGGUCCUGUCCUCGAUUAGGAGGAGCAGAGCAUUGAAGAAUCCCUCGAUCCGCACCAGCGUCUCCCUCUGCUCGGGGGUCAGCUCAUCCAGUUGCAGUAGCUCAUCCACACCAGCCAGUAUGUCGGUGAUGAACUCAGACACACUGUCCAGGACGCCCUCAUCAGGCUCGCCGUCGCCCUGCUCCGGCGUGCUUUUUGCGUGCUGCUUCAUGCGGGUCUCCUCCUCACCGACCGCCUUGUGGUCGCCCUUAAGGGCCUUGAUCGUCGCGAAAGCAUCCCUGAGGGCCGUGGCUGCCUUCACCGUCGGCUGCUCGAGCCCCGCUGAUACACACAGAAAAAGGCGCACGAAACCCAUGGCAUCCGUGUGUGUGUGUCUGUGUGGGAGGGGAGGGGGGAGGGGAGAGGGGAGGCUUACCCUUGUCUGCUUUCUUUUCGAUUUUCUCGAGGAUUUCUCCCAGCUGCUGCUUCAGGGCGUCAUGACGGGAGCCCGGCGCGGCGGCGACGAGUGGCGCCAGAACGAGGGUGGUAACCAGCGAAAGCGUGAAAAUGACGCUCGUCAUGGCUGUAAAAAAACUCGAAAUGCGCCGUUU